AAGAGGAAAAAGGAAACAAGUGGAAAUAUUUUAUAUAUAUUGUGCUCUGCGCACAAAAAAUUCAUGAGAGAAGACGAAGCCGCCCAAAAUCUGUUCGCAGACGAGGACCAAAGGGACGCCGCCAGCCAGAUCUGCAGAAGGACGCGCACAGCUUCUGUUUUCCUUCUGUCCUCUUGUGUUGCUCUCAAAAAUUCUGCAGAGGAGGACGAUCCAAACCGAGGCGCAGACGCAGUAGCUUCUGUUUUGUUUCUCUUCCCCGACAGCCUUGCUUAGGAAAUCACCACAGCAGCACACCAUUGAGGACGCAGUGCAGUUCGGCUUACUCUUCAUUGGGACUGGUUCUAUCUAUUUUUAAAUUCGAUUUUUAUCAUGAUUUUCUGCUGGGUUUUCCGAAUUAUGGCUGUCCAGAACUCCAUUAUGUGUAGCUAGAUUCUUUGAACUAGGAUGGAUUUUAAUUUUUGGAUUAUGUGAAUUUUUUUCCUUUAACUCAAGAUUAUUGAUUAUUUACCUGAUGAGUUUAUGUUAUUGAGCUUAAUGUAUUGGGGAUUGAUUUAGUGAUUUAUGUAUGAAUUUGCAAAAAGAAAAUUGCAUAAGUUAG